CAAAUCCUGUAAACUCAGAGAAGGAAAAACUUGUUUUUAGUUUCACAUCAGACAGUAAAUGCAGUUUCAACAUCAUUAGGAUCCAUAGUAACUCUGGUACCUUUUGAGCAAAGGUGAACAAGAAUUUCUGAGCUGAAUCGUAAAUCCUGUGAGCUGGAACUUCCUUGUUGACACUGUAGCUGCACUUCCUACAAUUCUGAGAAUUUUCCCUCAAACAAAUACCAUGCAGCUGUUUAAAAACAGAGAAAAAACAUGGAGCUUGACAAAAGACCAGUGUGUGCAUGGAAAUCACUGAGAAACUGGGCAGUUCUUUGUGUGUUGCUGUCAGUGGUGCUCCUAUUGUAUUAUGAUCCUCUUCUAAUACUCUGGUGGCCUGAGAAAAAUAACACUGAUGGUUUGCCUCUGGAUAUGGCGACAGAAUCAAUUGAUGACAUGUAUGACGGUUGCCGAUCAGAAGCAGCCUCCAUGAUUGACCAGGUUGGUGUGUUUGAGUGGCACUUCAACCAAGCCUUCGAUUUUUACUGGGCUUCAGCUGAAAGAGAACAUGCUACAGUUAUAUACAUGUACACAAAGGUGAAAUAUAUCCAACAAACUUUCAAUAAGGCAGUAAUAACUGGGAAACACAAGUACAGCACAAAUAAAUUUAAAUUCCACUAUUUCUACUUUUACCUGGUUGACGCCAUCCAGAUUCUGCAUCACAAGCACAAACCAUGCAGAACCACCUAUCACAGGACAUGGAGACAUUAUAACCACAACGUCAUCGACACAAACAUGCGUUUUGGUGGCUUUAUUUUGACAGGUUUGACUAAGCAGUCGUCUGUUUUUAACGGCAAUGUGUCUUGUUUUGAGAUCCAGACAUGCUUCGGUGCUGAUGUAGCGUAUUACUCUGCUACAAAGCAAAUGGGACAAGUGCUGAUUCCUCCCUAUGAGGUUUUCAGAAUCACAGAUGUGUUGACAAGUGACUCGUGGUGCAGAGUGGUUUACAUACAGAGCACCAAAAUACCAAGGACAGAUUUAAACUGCAAGUUGAAUCACAAUGAGAUAAGUACAUAUCUCGGUGUGGUUACAACACACAGUGAUUCCACCAGUGCUGCUGUGAUGGUAACAUACUUAAUACUGUGGAUUAUAAUUUCUUCAGUCCUUAUACAGCUCGGACAGUUGUGUUUCGUGGCUGCAGUGAAUGGUGCUCUGCUUGUACUGACAGUUAUUGCAGUAAUGUUGAGAGUUGGCCAGUGAGUCAAAGAGGAGUGACAGUGUGUUGGUGGGACCAAAGAGAAGUUAGUAAUGAAAACAUGUUUUAUUUCCAUUUGUACAAAACAUACUCCCAGAAACAAAACACCACUGGUUUGUCUUUACAUGUGUUCUUAUGUUUUACAUGUACAGUAAUAUUUGACUUCAUAUUAUUUUCCAAAAGCAUAUGGGUAUUGAUUUGUGAAAUCUUGGAUUGCGAGUAUAAUUCGUUCCGGCAACGGGCUCGUAAUCCAAAGCACUCAUAUAUCAAAGCGAAUUUCCCCAUAAUAAAUAAUGGGAACUCAGAUUAUUCGUUCCACAACCACUUAUUCAUACAAAAAUGAUUACAGUAUAAAUUAAAAAUUAAACAAAUUAACCUGCACUUUACCUUUGAAAAGAAUCGUGGCUGGCGUGAGGGAGACGUGAGAGAGGAGCUAUCUGUUGGCUCACUGAAAUCUUUCUUUUUGUGCGACUUUAACCAGGAACCUAUCCAAUGGCACUUGCUUUUUACCUCAUUUUGAGGAUUUGGCGGAUUUUACACAUCUCCCUUAUAAAAUCUUGAGAUGUCGGCCACUUACCUGGCAUAUCUGGUUCAUGCUUCUCGAUGAUUUCCUUUUUAACUUCCACUGUAAUCAUCUCCUUUUUCUUACCACCGUUUCUUUUCAACCCUUUUUUUUUUUAUUGGGGCCAUUGCAGUACAGAUGUUGACUAUACCACUGAGGUAUGAGAACCAUCUGCUCAGUUGUGACGUGACGCUUGGCAGACAAAGCGUACGUACUAUUCGUAUUGCAAGACCUCGCACGUUUAUCAAGUUAAAAUUUAUUUUAAAAUUUGCUCAUUUUGCAAAACACUCUCAGACCAGGUUACUCACAAUCCAAGGUUUUACUGUAUGUAUAUAGUCUCCAGCCCUUAUAAUGCUGCAGUAUGAUUUUGUAUUA